AUGGCGACGGGCUCGCUGAAGCAGGUCGCCAAGUGUCGCCUUCGCGAUCUUCUCGUCGCAAGCACUGCCUGUCGCACAUUCGCGUCAACGCCGAGUCCCGUGCAUCCCCCCCUUCACCACGCGCGCGCUGAUUCCGCCUCUCGAACUGAAUCCGCCGCCACGAGCCCCUCGCAUGCUGUGCUCUCUGCCGGUACCACCGACUCUCUGUCGCCUGCCGCGUCGCAGCCCACGUCGCAAUCCGUGUCGCUCAGUUUUCCCAGCGGAUAUGUCCAACACGCCGCCCGACCGCACGGCCGCUGCCAUCCAGCUGUGCCUCCGCCGCUAUCCCCGGUGGGAGAAAUGUCGCGCACUCACGCGACUCACGCGCCUCACACGCUCUGGCCGACCGCGCCACGCGCAGAUUCCGCAGCAGCAUCAGGCCAAAGCGUGUUCUGCGCACAACCACAAGCGGCUGCCCGCUGCCGCCACUCUUCCUCCGAGCCGUGCCACCACGACGAGGCGCGCACAGAAAGCGGGGCCACGUCAGCAGCUGAUGACGCGUCCACGUGCUGGCUCUGUUCCGCCGAUCGCGGCGCUGAUGCGCGCGGGGGGGGAAAGGGCAACCCGUCCGCGGAUGACAUGCGCGCGGAUGCGGAAGCGGAGGGCGCGAGGGGCAGGGGGGAUGGCGCGAGCAAGGAGGGCGAUCCGCUGACGUGGCGGUUCUUCUGCGGAACAUGUGGCGCGCUGCAACCGAUGGACAAACCCCGCUUGCAUUCGCUAUUGAAGCAGCCAUGUAAGCAUGUGCCUGAGAUGCUCUCUCUUUUCCCCACCCUGCCCACCGCUCUCCAGCCCGCGUGCAACCGCCGUCGACCUGUCGCUAUCCCGCGUGCAUUCGCCAUGGACCUAUUGUUGUUGGAGCAGCGCUACAAGCAGCUGCAGAAGAUGCUGCACCCGGAUCUACAUGGGGGCAGGUCGCAGGAGGAGAGGGCACUAUCAGCGGAGCAAGCAGCGCAUGUCAUAGACGCCUACUACACGCUCCUCAGACCGCUCUCUCGUGCCAAGUACCUUCUCCGAGCUAGCGCCGUGACAGCAGCAGAGCUGAGUGGGGACAGCCCGGGGAGGGACCAACAGCUGCUUAUGGAGGUGAUGGAGCUGAGGGAGACCAUUGAGGACGCUGACAGCCCUGAGGAGCUGCAGGCGCUGCAGUCGCAGACUCAGGAGAGAAUGGAAGGGCUGUACAGCAGCUUUGACGAGGCGUUUCAGAGGGGCGAUGUGGGAGCAUGUGUGGGGCUGCUGCACCGCAUGGCAUACUUCCAGCGCGUGGCCAAUGAGAUUGGCAACCGGCUGCAUUCAAUUUAG